AUACCAACUCAUUCAAUCCUGCUACAUAUCGCUUCCAGCCUUCCUGGUCCUAAUGUUCUAUUCUGCAGGCACUCCCUCGGUUAUAACGACCAUCGGUGUAACACAAACGUCGUCAGUGGCGAGUUCAACAAUAUUAACGACCUCGAAAGCAUCUGUAUCAAGCUCAUUGACAACCACCACAGCCUUGUCAAACUUACCGACCUCUGUUCCAAGUAUAUUAUCAGAGCCUACACUUACCUCAUCAUCGAUGCCUGCUGCGGUGACUCCCUCAUCUGCCGAUUUGCAAGGACACCAAAAGACAGUAGCAGUCGCUGCCAGCAUCCCAUCGGUAACUGUUAUUUGCCUGAUAGGUCUGGGUAUGUUUAUUUAUCUUCGACGGCGUAAGCGAUUAAAUCAGCAGCAAACCCGAGGACUCGAGUUGAACGACAGGUCAUAUUCACUCUUUCGUAAGGCGUCCAAUGACCAAGACACGAAACCACCAGGAGAUUUCAAUGACCACACGCAUACGCAACAUCGAUACGAAGUCCCUGGAGAUGAGUCUCAAAGAUUUGAGUUGCCAGCAACACCAGGGCUAACUAAUUAUCCAAGGUUGGAACGAUAGAAUAUAUCAACAACGGACUGAUUGUAUGUUGGUACGAAGACAUCCAACCCUGGUUCCUAGAAUAUUUUACGUAGCACUAAAUAGCACAAGACCAGAUAUUAAAAUGCAACGAAACAAAAAAUAACCUUGAGAAACACUUAUUUUUGAAAAACAAAGAUUCUUUAAAAAAGUCUCAAAAGUCCAAUGCCCUCAAGAUAAACGUUUGAUAUACUUCGCCCUUCUACGGUGCAACUAACAGCAGGAUAUGUAUCUGGCUUCUCCGUGGCGAAUAAAUCGUAGCUGCAAAUACUAGGUAGAGAUAUCGAAGUUCUACCAAAUCCGUUAGGUGACAGCGUGGUGGGUCAUUACCCGAAGAUCUGCGGGCACGUUUCAUGUUGAUUGUUGGAAAUGGCAAUUGUAAGUUGUGACGGAGCAGAAAUCCGGCCAGACGGAAUAAUUUUCGAAGGAUGAACGCAUUUCCUGAAUAAUCUUAAUAACCAUUGGCGAUAUGGA